CCUGACACACAGCAAACCACGUCCUAGGACAAGCCCCAUCCUGUCUCCCAGACACACAGUACCCCAACGCAACAGAGCACACAACGCACUCGGACACCAAAAGCCACGCCAAGGUAGCCACAGCGAGAAGAGCAGCAGAGACACUACUUUUUUUAAUACAUGGACAGCAUAUCAGCCAGCUCAAAAGUAGGGCGUGUCCGCCCGCUUUGUGUUCACUGUUCACUCGUUUAGGUAGGCCAUCCCUAAUACUUCUCAAGACAUGAACAAAGUCGAAAGACCAAAACACCAUAAGCACAUGACAGCAGCACCAAGCACAGCACAGCACAGCACGGCCCAUCAGCCAGCUCAAAAGUAGGGCAUGUCGGCCCGCUGUCCGGCAUAGUACUCAUCAUAGCUGUGCAGCGAAGACCUCUUCUGGUUCCGAUACGCCCCUGGAGCCUUGGGAGCCACCUUCAACUCCUCCUUGCGAGGGAUUAUCAUGGGCGAUGUCUCGCUCAGCUCGCUCUCCUCAUCGGACAUCUCGUCCUCUCCUUCUGCUGCAGGCACCUUGGGCUUGCGCUGGCCGUCGCCGCCGGCGAUGUGACUGAGUGUGGGGUCGCCAAUUUCAGGCAUGGCGGGGAGUCUCACGCGCACCCGCUCCUCGCCCUUCCUGGCCUCCAUUGGCCACGCCUCGCCCUCGGCCAUGUCCUGUGAGUGGGCAAACACACAUCAAAUGCCGGCAGGGAAGAAUGGGCCAGUAACUACCUUGUGUUGCUUACCACUUUGCGGUCGGAUGUGCGUCUUCUGAUGGUCUUGAUGUCUGGGUGUGUGAAGGCGAUGAGAGCCGGCCAGGCCAUAAGUAAGAAGUCGCAUAUCCACGUCUUCUUGCUUAUCAGCAGCACCAGCGACACCCACAAAGUGCGCGCCGCGGGGGCAGUCAGCACUCUGACCACACAAGCAAGGCCACACCACACAGGCAAGCAGAUUUGUUGCUCGAGGCGGUGAGGAGGGCCGGGGGUCCGGCUGGCUCACCGGUGUGUGAGGCCGAGAAUGGCCGUCUGGUUCCACUUGAGCACCAGCGUAUCGUCGUACUUCUGCAAAUAUGCAUUGGAUACAUCUGUUGGUCAGUCCUCUGUAUCAGUCAAUCCUUUGCCUUGCUUACGAGUAUGAAGAGCAGGAUGAAGUAUAUGCAGAAGGCAUCCCACAGGGACACGAUCGUGCCUCCAAUAAUCUCCUUGAUGCGCCAGUAAUUCAACUGCAUUGCAUUCAGUGCAGUGAGUCGAGUCAGUCAGGGGGAAUAUGGGUGAGACAUGGACACAGUGAGUGAGAUGUGCGUGUGCCGCUGUGUCGGUGUGGUGUUGAUAUGUACAAUGAAUGUCCUCUCUGCUGGCGUCGACAGCUCCUCGACAAUCCUCUUGGCGAAACAAAACUGGUUAUCACAUACACAGAGAGAGACAACACGCAAUAGGCCAUACAUGUGUGCAGUGCCCGAGCCGACCCGCAGAAAGAGGGGAAUGGGGACAGCCAGCACAAUGCUCCACAACGAGCUGAAGAGCACGUGCCAUGACGGCACGAAGGGAUUGAUCAGGGGAAAACACACCUCAGCUGAUUGAGAGGCGUAGACAAGUUGCGCAGAUUGAUGAAGGUCCUGUGUGUGUGUGUGAUGCUCACGUGACGGCUGCGAGACGCACUCCGCGUUGAAGAAGAGUGCAGAGAAGAAAAGCUCUGUAACAAUCGAGCUGAACUCGAUGAGGUAUCGCUGGGACCUGCAGCGCACAGGGACAAGCUUACCCCGGAAACAAGCCAUUCACAGCCCAUAGCUGACCUCGAGAUCAGCGGGUUGUAGGGGAAGAUCUUUGGACUGCUCAAAUAGAGCCAAGCGAAAUGAAAAUGCCGUGCAUCGUGUAAUCCGCGUUGUGCUUACAAUGGGUGCUCUCUGAUGGCGACCGUCCAUAUGAGGCGACUGCUGGGCCACUCGUGAUACUGCAGCCUCUUCGCGAGUACCAAAUUCUGUGAUUGUGUCCACAAAGGCCAGAAAUCGAGAGGGCUUUAGCCAGAUGCAUUGCCGCGUACCUGUGUCCGCUUGUUUUGUUUGCUGACGAGUGCGCGGAGGUUGGUGGCCUCCCACGUGUAGACGAUCGUCUGGUUCUGGUAAUUUUCAAACCAUAUGAGCCCGUCAUGCAGCUUGCGGCAGCAUUCACGAGGGGGCGCUUCCUCUCGCUCCUUCUCAGCGCCUUUCUUCUGGACUGCUGGCGCCUUUCGAUCUGCCACAACAGCCGGCACACUCGCCUCAUGGAAGACAUCGUCACACACAAUUGACACGGGGGCCUCCUUCUCCUGUGUCUCCUCCUCCGCCACGCCAUUCAGCGUGCUCUGGUGCUGCAGCGCCUCGUGCUCAGCGACUUGGAUCGCUUGCUGGGCCGUCUUGUAGGACGUGGCAAUGAUGGAGUCGGCUGGCGGUGCUUCAAUUCCGGCAGCCCCUGCGCCAACUGAGCUGACGUCGGAUCGCAUAGACGGAGAUGCGUCCUUGCGCCGGCGGAGGGGAGUCACGAACGCGAGGUCGGCCAGGUUCGACACGAGACGAGACCGCUCGUCGGUUGCGCUGGCGGAUUCGGCGCGCCUCAGUGACGCAAUCCUCACAGGACCGAAGAAGCUUUCAGGACCAACUGCUUGCACCGGUCGGCCGAAGAAGUCGUCGAACCCCCCCACUUCAAGCUGGCCUUUCGUCGCAUCGCCGGCCGCGCCAUGCUGAAUGACUGCCGGGCUCUCGAUGUCAGAGAAGACCUGGGACUCGGACCAGACUUGCGACUCGCCACCCGGCAGGAUCUUGAAGCGGUCUGGAUCGGUCCCGAAGGGAUCUUUGGGCGUCAGCGCCACCGUCCCAAGGACUGUCGUGGUGCGCGUCAGGAUACCUGACUGCCGGUCGGCAGUGUCUUCGGCAAAGAGGGAGUCCACGUUGAUGCCGCUGUCAUCAGGCUCCAUACCGAAGGCAACCGAAAGACGUUUCUUUCUGUGCUGCUUCUUGACGGACAGAGAUGCGCGCGAAAGACCUUGGACGUUGCGGGCGAAGGCCUUGCUGACCAUGCUAUGUGGGAAGAAGAAUCGAAUGGACGAUCCGUUCGCCAGCACCAGCUUCACUGAUGGCAGGGUUGACACGUCAAGCCCGCCAUCCUCGCCGCCCAUUGUCUCGCCGUCCUGUACUUCCUCUUGCUUGCCCUCGACGGUCCGGAUCUCGAUGAUGUCAGCAAGGAACACAACGUACACCUGACCAACAGUUUCAUAUCAUACACAUCACACCAACAAUGUCAUGCCAUGAGACAUGGGGUGUCUGUCGGUGAAGUACGCACAAGCCCUCACCCAGUAGAAGGCUUCCUCAGGGCUGGUGUCGCUCGAGCGCCGGAGACGGCCCAACAGGCUUUUGAUCCCCCUGCUAACGCUGCUGGUGGCAACACUUGUCACUUCUUGUUGCAGCGCGUGGGUCUCCAAAGCUCGAAGACGGGAUACCUGCAUUGUUCAGGUACAACACAUAUUAGUUCAUUCAGGAGAGCCUUUAAGGUCAGGUAUCCAUAUAUCCCGCACCUCUCGCGGUAGAAUAUUUAGGGCGAGUCCUUGAUGGCUCAUCCACAAUGAGCACAGGCCCAGGAAGGGCGUGAAGGCGUCAAGGGCUGUUGAUGGGAUGGACAGUGGGCUCGUCUCGGCUUGAUGCCGCAGUUCGUACGUCGCUGACGCCCACUUGCCAGCUGUGACACGCUUCGCAGCCGGGGUCGCAGACUGCUCGUCAGCACACUUCCACUGGAUGUCGCGCCGGGCGAAGGUGGGCUUGCUGGCAAAGAGGGACCGGAGGUCGCGGACAUUCUUGGGGUCGAUGUUUUCAAUCAGCUCCAUUUCAAGCGCGACUGUGGCACCGCUCAUGCCAUCUCCGCUCAAGGGGGACGCAUCGCUGUCGACCACAACAUCGUCGGGGUUGGGACCGUCGUACAAUUCGCCCACACGCGCCGAUAUGAACUUGCUCGAGCUCUGGAAGAGGAUGGACUGGGCUCUCCGAGGCUUCUGCUCGCUAUCCGAGAGCGCAUGCUCGUCCGUGUCCGCACUCUCGAUCACCAGCAGCUGCACCAGCGUCUGGUUGGUGUCCUUGUCCUUGAUAAGUCGCACUCUGACGCUCUCCAGUGGCAGCAUGUACCGCGGGCCUUCAUAUUCGAUGAGUGGCAACAGCAGGCUUUCCGCACUGAAGCACACACAUACAGGUGCAGCUCAAUGUAAGUUAUCGCCGUCACUCACAAUUGACUCUCGGGGUGGAUACACAGGGCGCGGCCCUUGUCCGUCAGCCAGAAGACAUGUCUCGAUUCCUCGAACAGAUUAGUGGCCUCUGCUGAGAUGGUGCCUGUCUGGAUGGUGGCUUCAAAGUGCAGGUCGUACCUACGUCACGGACAGGCCGAACACGACCGUGCUCUUGACAUGCAGUGAGUGCCGACGGAUGCACCUACCGCGGCAUGAACAGCGCCUCGCGCUUGACCCUCUUGAGGUACACGGGCAUGGAGCCAAGUGGAGGCGAAUAGUUCGCGGGCUGGUUGGGCGAUGGCACAGCACCACGCAGCUCAAUAUAGCGCGCAGCCAAGGCAACCUGGGCCGCCCUGUCACAAGUCGAUCCACAACCGGAGAUGACUAACGGAAUUUGGGGCUUCCAUCUUCGCAUCCUUCACCUCAUUUUCUUGAAGGCUUGGUUCUUCUCCUGUGCAUCGAGAAGGGCGACAAACAUGUACUUCUGCUGCAUCAAAUACUUCUGCUGCUUUUUGUAGAUGCGCUUGAGCCGACGUUGCGCUCGACUACGACCACCAGCUGCAGACAGAAUCGAAGACUCUAAGUAAGUCGAUGAGAUGCUUUGCUUGUGUCGCUGACUGGCCGUUUCCAAAAGGCUGUCAGCGAUGUUUUGGUUCUUUUGCUGUUCAAACGCCUGCACCGCAUGGGCGACCUGCAUAACUUGAGGCCGCAGCUGCACUUCCUUGUCGACUGAUAGCCCGUACAGCCGGAAGAUGGGGCGUGCGAGAAGAGGAAUCGUCCACUUGUCGUCGGUCUCCUUGCUGCCUUUGUUGCUCCGACGAGAAGCGCUGGAUUUCCAAGACUGCUCGGUGCCUUUGUAGGUGGAUGCAAGCGACGACCUCCGGUGGUUGUCUGACGAAGACGCAGAGGAAAGCGUGCGCUUGACGUUUACAGUUGACGUCUCUUUACCUCCUAGUUGACCAGAGGUGAUGCUCAUGAGGAUGUCUGGCGCUUCAGCCCCGUGCUGUGCCUCCUGCUGAAUCUUCCGGGCUUCCCUGCCGCUCCUUCUGGCCACAUUGCGCAGGGUGAGAAGAGAGGCUCCCAGCCUUGCCUGUACAUCUCGAUAUUCUUUCUGUUGAACGCCUGAACGACACGGAAAGGGACACGGUUUCACUUAAAAUGCACUCAUGUGUUCGCCUCUAACGGUAGAAUGGGACGAACUCUUCAUUCCUGGCGGCGUCACGUUGCUUGAGCACGUCAGAAAAGCCCUUUGGGUGCUGCAGCCUUCGGGCAGCUAUCAUUGAUCGCAGUGGAGUUCCUUCAUCUUCCUCCUGAUGAUCCACAGCCAUCGUGCGCCGCCCUUUGACAGCAGUACGCUAUGUCUCUUACGUCUUUCUCUUUGUCUUUCCCUUCGCCCUCAUUCUCAGCUUCGUGCGCCUUGUGUCGAUCCCGCUUCCUCUUGUGGCGCUCGAUGAGGAAGGCUAGCCACCCGAAGCAGCAGAAGAAACGUAUUCUCCUCAAAAUCCCCGAGAUGUUGAUGAUAAGAGGCGCGACGAGAAUAAGGCCACCAAACCUGACAAGGGAAAUGGACCAUCACACGAUGAUACGCAGCGCCCAUCCUUUGCUUCGUCCUUACAGCCGAAAUGGUGGACACACCAUACACAUAAAGUCCAUGUCCUUUCUCGGAUCUACCAGACAUAGACAAACGAGGCCAGGCGGAUGCAACGUGCAUUGCGGUGGAUGCUGGUGUACAUCUGUCCUGGAAGAAGAGACGCUUUCGCUUGUGCGGAGGCCGCCAAUCGGUCCUGAAACGCGAAAACUAGUCCUAUCUGCCUCCCUAACCGGCAUCACGGACUACCUGUCUCUGUUGCAGAAGUGCACGAAGGGCAGCAGGAGGACCGAGAAGAAGAUGAAAUACUCGACCACGCGCACUGGCUUGUCAAUUAUGUCUUGCAGCAGACUCACGGAGUCGCGCACUGUGUGAAUGUUCGUGUCGUCAAAUCGCUUGCUUGCUGUUGUCGCUGCCGCCGUGAACGAAGAGAGGUGGUCGCAGCCGCAUCGUACAUGCGUCUCAUUGCCUGGAAAACAAGCAGCCAACGCAGUUGAGGGUCAAUCCAAGUGGAGCCGCUCACUGUCCAGCUUCCUGCAUCCUUCGGCAGACCACCCCCUGCUACUUGUGUCGAAGUACUCGCACAGCCACUCUUUCACCAGCGCAAUGUACGAUUCUGUGAUGUUGAAGCACAGCUUUGUCGGGUCUCCGGCACACGGAAAAGAGCCCUCGGGCACUGGGGCAGCAAAAGACAAGACGGGCUCCUGCACAUCGAGGUUCAGCUCAGGAGCACCGGGCAGGUGAAGCUGAAGUCGACACAGAGGAAGCACAGCACACCAUCGUAUGCACAUCGAAAUAACAAGGUCCUGACAAUCGCGCGCACCUUCAGCAGGCUUUUGGCGCCUGCGAGUCGACGGAGCCGCCACGAAUCGGGAUCGGACACAAUCGAGUCAUGUACCGUCAACUCAUCAGCCUCCAGUGCAGUCAGCUCUCGCUGAUCUGUCGCAUUGGCGAGCAUCGGCGGCACUCUCAGGAAGAACUCUAUGAGAGGUUCGCUGCCGUCGCCGGUCUUGGUCACCUCCAGGGGCUCGUUGCAGCAAAUGAGCUCGAUUGUUGUCACCUCCGGCACUUGGCCGCUGUCACCGUUGUCGGCAGUGGUGGCGUAUGAGAAGGGGCUGACAGGCCAAGUGAGGGAAUAGACAGACGUCGGACAUGAACACAGGCUGGAACUCGACUGCAGACUGCGACCACUGCCACUCUUGAUUGACAUAGCCAAGCCGUGAGAAGUGUGCAGGCUUCCCUGACGGACAAAUCGAAAAGACACUUGAAGUCGGCUAUAUUUCUUGUCACUCUGUGUCACUUACGUCCGCAAAGUGAAGUCCGCGUCCCUGAAAGUCGGCCACCUUCUUAACUUUCAGGGUCAGGUUGCUGGUGCUGACGACGUCUUCAUCCUCCUCCAGGGCCCUCUUGAUGAUGCUGUUGGCCACGUUCCUGACUGUGCCCUGCAUCGCGCCAGAAACAUCUUCGCUCGCUGCCUGAUCCGUCCUGAGGAGCCCUGACAUGGUGUCGAACAUGUCGUGUCUCGCACUUUGCAUGAAAUCCUCGUCCGUCUCGCUGUCCACUAUGCCGUUCACAUGUGCCUUGGCCUGAUUCAGCAAGGCCUGUGCCCUGAAGGAUGCCAAUAUGAGUGUGUAGUGAAGGUUUCUGUGUCUGUCUCUGCUCCGUACCCUUUGACCAUCUGCGCUGAUGAAAGUCUGCCUGCUAGGGGGAGGUCUGCGAACAGCUCUCUCAUACUCAGCGCGAUGGUACUAAGCUCCUCUGCUGACUGCGUAUUUGUGAACACCGGCAGGCUCUGCACGCAUUAUGACACGUUAUCUCUGCGGGGCAUUUCUCAGUUUUGGGCGUACGUAUAUGUCAAGUAUAGCAUCCAAGGCGCUGGUGACCUCGUUCUCCUGGCCUCCUCCGUGGGUCGUGUGGGCGACGGAAUAUGCGGCGACGGUCGCUGCACCCGUUAUUUGAGUGACGUCCGCACUCCGCGAAGCAAUCUGGACAGCGAAUAUCAUCGUGAUGACAUUUUUGCCUUAGCAGUAUCUACGGACUAAAUUGUCACCUGUGCGAUGGCCUGUACACCGUCGCUGACUGCCGACGCUGUGGGGGUAACCUCAAUGGUCACUGAAGGGCAGGCGAGUCCGCUCGUAGCGGUGCCCACAUCCGGCUCAUGCGUGAGGCACUGGAAGCCGUACGUGUCUCGAACAACUCCAUACACUCGCCACUGUCCCGGAGGCAGCACAGCCUCACACCUGAGCCCGCCUUCGAGAGAAGUCCUGAAUGGGCACAGCGGUCUGGCGGCUGCUGCUCCGCUUGGAGGCGACCGAUAGAAGGCGAAGCGCUGCAUGUCAGAAACGUAAGACCGAGACGGAGGAUUGGGAGCCAUGCUAUCGUUGUCUCACUUACGAGUGCCUUCGUGUCGCUGUCGUCCAUCCAUCCAUUUUGCUCGAAGACGACGCUCUGAGAGGACAAAACUUCGGUAAACGACGCCGUCACUUCGCCACCAAAAGGCGGCCGGUCAAUGGUGAAGGCGUCCGAGUAGAUCGUGCGCGGCGAGGUGCCCCUUUCUUGAUGAAUUGUCACAACGCCCUUGAUCUGAUAGGCAUGAUCCACUUCGAGACCGAUUGGGCUGACCGAGAAACCAGCAAAAGUCGUCGUGACCGCGGCAUCGCCUGCACGUUGAUGGCGCACAACUUUCUGGCUCUCAAGGGCUGUCAGAUUCCGAAUGACUCCUCCUGGGACACUCUUGUCGUGCGCGUCGGCAGGAACGAUUGACCAUUGAACUGUCAGUGUGGCACUGCCCGUUAAGCCCUCGUGACAUGCUGAACCCGGGCUUUGCGCAUCUUGCUCAGAAAAGGCAGCCGAGUCGAAGAUUGCGGCUUCGAUGGUCCGUGUUGCCGAGGCGCUGCAGGGGAGACAGCACACAGGGAUAAGCAGAUGCCUGCCUGAAAGGUCCAGAGACACUCACCUCGAAGGGAUGCGAGAGAAGGCAAUGAUCGGAUAUUGCAUUUGAUCGACCGAAAGCACUGUGACCUUCUUAGCAGCCGUAGCUUGUUCAGAUAUCUCUGUAGGGCCAUCCUGGAGUGAAGCGGUCACACGAAAGUAGUAAACUCCUGGAGACAGCGUGUCUCCCUCAAUUGUCCGCACGUCGAUGUUCUCCUUGGCGAUCGAGCUGGUAUACGACUGACUCAACUCCUCGCCGCCACACCCAUCCAGGAAGCUUGUGGCCUGAUCCUUGUCGGUCACGAGCAGAGACACGAGCUCCUGCUCGUCCACUGUUGCUCCUUCUUUUAGCCGAUAGCAGCUCCAGUCGAAGACAAUGAUCGCAUCAGCCGACGCCGGAAUCCAUGUGACAAGAGCGACCGCCCUCAGCGGCAGGGGGCAUGAGGAGGAACUUAAGUGCGGUGCAGAAAUGCUCAGCCCCGGGGCUCGAUACUUGUCAAACUUCACGUCGAACUUCAUAUCCACCGCCGAGUCUGGCUGGUUGCUGUAUGAGACGCGAGCGAUAAAUGCGUAGGUCGAGAGCGGCGGAAAGGUGUUGGGAGGGAGGGACAACAUGAGCUGGGCCCCGCUGGAGUCACUGCUGGACUUGCGGUUGAAUACGUCACCCACUGACUCUUCGUAGGGCCACUCCACAACGAUGCUCCGUGACGUGGAAGCGGGAGCUGUCCCGCCUGAUGUGCACCUCUCAUCCAGGCGCCCCUCGUCCUCCACAACAAUCCUCAGCCGAAGAGGAGCAUCAACCUGAAUGAAGUAAAACGUCCAGUCCUCUGUGUUCGCAGGAACAGUGCUUUGUCUCUUGUACCCUCUGAGUCAUGACAGCUGGCGUUUCGGGUGCAGGGGACACAACUGGAAAAGAGACGUUUGUUGCCAGAUUAAGCCUGCUCUCGAUUGUCCUUGAAACUUCUGAGCCCAGGAAGUUGCGAAGCACGAGCUUGAAUGUGAAAGUCGCUUCCUGCGCGUCACUUGAAUGGGUCUGAUCCGUGUCCAGGGCCUCCCAAAUAUAUGCAGGCUCGACGACGAGCGUCAAUGUUGAGGAUGUGACAUUGAGUGGUCCUUUGACGGGGCCUGGCGAACAGUCGCAUAAAAGAGUGAAUGCAGAAGAUGCAGAAGGUCUUGUGGUGUUUCGUAUGUAGUCUGACCUUCUGUGGUCCCAUUGAUGUGCUGGUUGAGAUAGCUGCAUGCCUGUUGAGGACUAAUACAGCUCCACGUCGCUUCAAUAUGCCUUCCGAGUCCCCCGUCCAGGUUCACAUUGAUCACAAGCGGAUGACAGAUGGAAUGGACAGGCUGCUUCACGACCACGGCAGUCGGGCUGGGGGUUUCUAAAACAUCGUUGCUGAUCCCGAUCGGCUGGCUGGCACCCGCCAGAAACCAGCCGUCGGGGAUCGUCGAUGGAGACAGCUGCAAGGACUCAGCUCGAAACAGCGUCUUGUUCUGGAUCGCGAUGAGGUCUGCGAGGCCGGCUGUUGGAUUGUGGCCAAGGGAGAUCCUGAUGACGCGCGCCGAAUCGGCAGUGCAGGUCGGCGCGCUGCCCAACAGCAUUCGACUCUCUGGUGUGAAGACGUCGCACAGAUCCAGCGUCGUCUCUUCAAGGGUGGCGAGAGACAUGGCCUGCUGGUCAGAGACAGCCACAUCUGCCGCGAAGACCGCCAAGAUGGAUGAGAAGCCGUCCUGAUACUCAGCCGACAACAGCUCCGGCGGACCAAGCUCUCCGCACACAGACGGCUGCAACCCUGCAAAAGGAAAGACUUGCUGUGAGUGUGGGGAGGGUGUGCAUCUUUACCAGGCUGACAACCGAUGACUGGUUCGCCAGCAAGCUCGACCGUGUCGCUUUCGCAGGAAACUGGCGUAGCGCACUUGACGAGCAGCUCGCUUGGAGGGACAUGGACACCCUGCUUGCAGAGGUGCCAAGUGUCGUUCCAUGAAAGAUGCUCUUCCAGCUUCGCCAGAAGGUCACAGAGGGAGCCCUCUCUGCAGAUAGAUCGCCCAUUAUCGUCGGUCUCGCACACCCAGCGGUCCUCUACCAUGCACUGCGCAUCACAUCCGUCGCCCGUCUCCUCAUUGCCUGCAUACGUACGAAAUGCCCUGAUGGCAUAGAUGGCAUAUGCCAAUCGCAUUUUCUCCCCUCACCGUCGUCGCACUGCUCAUCUGCCGUGACAAUACCGUUGCCGCAGACCGUAGUCUGUCCACAAAGACGCACAAGGCAACCUGUCAAUGCCAUUAUUGUUCUGCCGCGUUGCGCAUAGCUCUUACGCAGUUGUACGUCGGGGGAACUGUGGGUAGCAUCACGCAGUCAUAGCCGUGGCUGCAAUCCUCGAAGCAGCCCGGACCUGUACACACAUGCAUGAGCAGAUCUGAAUGAGACUCCGGGCGUGUCUCCGCGACAUGCAAUCCUUGCGGCAAACAUACGGUAUGUGACGGUAAGUAUAUUGGAUGGUCCAUUCUCGUUUCCGGCCAAGUCCAUUGCCGCUCCGGGCUUGAUCUGGAUGCUGAAGGUCCCCGAGCUGGCGAACCGCACCUCCAGGCGAUAUUCGUUUUCGGAGCCGCCGGACGGUGGAGACUGUGGUGUAUCAUCAUCGGGACAUCCGGACCCAUAGCAUGUGCACACGCCAUUGAUGCAGAUCACGCUCGCCAAGCUCCUCCUUGCGCUUGGAGAAGAUGGAGUGAGGGACAGAUAGACAAAGCCUUGAAGGGUUAGCUGUGUGGCUAAGGCGGCCGAGUCGAUGACCACUGGCUCGUCGAAGGACAGCAGCAAGGUCACGUCGGCUGAGACAGAGGAGUUGUCCGUCGGUCGAAUGUUUGACCCUGUGGUGUCGAGCAUGAUGAUAGGUGUUGGCGGCACCGUAUCUGACGAAAAAGCGAGAGGCACACACCGACUGCCAUGUCUCCGCUAAGACAGCCAAUGCUUGGGUGCUUACCUGCAAUGAAGCGCAGUUGCAGAGUGUUGCUUGUAAUCACUGUCCCCACAUCGACGGUCGCAUAGACAUCGAGUGUCCGUGCAGUGGCCGACGUCAGCUGGAACGUCGCCAUGCCUUUGAACAGCGUGAGAUCCGUUCCACACACACCUUCAGUCACGGGCGAGCCACCAGCGCUGCAAUGGACGGCGAAGCUGUCGUAAGAGCCUAUCACUGUCGACCCCUGGCUGUCAGUAGCUUGAACAGUGAUGUCUGCAUCGCUGUUCGUCGCGUAGUCCGUCUGAGAAGCUGCCAACACCAGUGCAGCUACCGGACUAAUGACAGUGACAUUGACGCUUAUCGCAACGAUGGGCGGAGAAUUGCAACUCCCCCCGACGGUCACAGUGCCGCCUGUGGCAAAGCUGCGAGCGACGAACUUCUGGCUCUCGUUGCCGAAGGCGAUGAGGUCCGUCUCAGAGCCGCUCGGCCCGUCGAAAGUGACAACCCCGCCGCUGAUGAUUCUUGCAGGGCUUCCGGUGCUGUCUUCGAUUGACACCGUCACCGUAAGCAUGUCGUUGACUGGAAGGGACAGCUGGUCGGGCGUCAGAAUCAUUACUAAAAACAACCAGGAAACCAGACAAUCUCAUUUCGUCGAUGUAGCUUCAUGCAUCAGACCUGGAUAACAUUCGACUUCGAUGGGGUACGCAAUGAGGGAUGGUCCAGUCGCUCCGAUGGUUACGACACCGGGUUGCACCAGCGUAUGAGUGCUCAACGCAUGGCUCACACCAUCGAGCGUGAGGUCAGUCGUCUCGAUGGUCGAGCCGUCCAUCUCGAGAGUCAGUGUGACGAUUACCUGCCCGCUGAUGACCACCGAGGCGUUGUAGACGUCUGUGAUCGAUACAUUGAGAGUCAGGGUGCCGCCGGUCGUUACCCAAGCUGCGUCGGGGGACAGUGCAAUCAGUGUCGGAAUUCCUGCAUAGAAAAUGAGAUCAUUGCAUGAAACCGGGAGCCUGCCGGCCGAUGCCCUGGUCGUCACCUGGCAAUGGAUAGCAUUCGUUGACGUUAACGGAAGGCUCAACAUGGGUAAGAGGGGUACGAUGGAUCUCGCACCGUGAGUCAUCUGGAUACUUCUUCACUUCAAAGCCCACACAUUGAGGAUCUGCGGCACCUGCACACACACAAGGGAGCGGCAAACAACGGGUAUAUUCGUAGGCGGUGUCUUUUUGUCUUUUUAAGCAACUCACACAUGUCCGAGCAAAGCGUCCGUCGUUGUAGAGUGGAAACGUUGGCGUUGAUAUGCAGGGUAUAGUCGCCACCGGAGCUCCCACACGUGCUGCACCGGCAGGCUCCAUCGCCCAGAGGAGGGCCUGCCAGUGGAUACGUUGAUCCGAACCAAGCAAGGAUCAAUAGCACUCAUGCAUCGUGCGGCUUCGUUCUGUGGCCAUCGCGGCUCACCAGCCGUGAGAUCAAACCCCCAAUGGCGUGCCAGCAACGGGGAAAGGAGGGCGAUGAUGAGCAGCCCUCGUGAGAAAGGCCAGGUAGUGCACAAAGUCAUGGCUCCGCGCGGGAGAGAAGGGGAGAGAGG